AUGAGUCCUGUCGAUAGGGACCACGGCGGGGACCUGGGCAUCGGAGGGGAUGGGCACAAGGUACGGCUGGACCAGAGCAGGGGUGCCAGUCUGCACCACGCCGGGACGCUGGAGACAGAAGCUGCGGGUCCCAACCCCGUGGUCUCCUCAGCAGACACCCUGGUGGGGAAGAUCUCCAUCCCGGCGUACGCGCUGAGCGACGACGACUGCUCCUCGGGGUACCAGCAGCUGAGCGUGGAGAGCGAGCCGGAGGAGGGGGGCGAGCCGGGCCCCGCGGCGCUGCCCUGCCGCCAGUGCGGGCUGCAGCUGGCUGCCAGCCUGGGCCAGAGCUGCCUGCAGUGCGCCGGCGCCGAGGGGGGACGCAGCCAGCGCAUCGUCUACUCCUGCCAGCUCUGCCCCUUCGCCUCCCACUACUCCAGCCACCUCAAGCGCCACAUGAAGACACACAACGGGGAGAAGCCCUUUGCCUGCCCGCAGUGUGCCUACGCCUCUGCCCAGCUGGUCAACCUGACCCGGCACCUGCGCACGCACACGGGGGAGAAGCCCUAUCGCUGCACGUGCUGCAGCUUCGCCUGCAGCAGCCUGGGCAACCUCAAACGCCACGAACGAGUCCACAGCCAGGACAAGCCCUUCCAGUGCGCCGCCUGCGACUACCGCUGCAACCAGAGCCGCAACCUGAAGCGGCACAUGCUCAGCCACCGCCUGCCCGAAGGCGAGGGGCCGCACCGGCGGGACAAGGACCCAGAGCCGCUGCUGCCGGAGCUGAGCCUGCACGUGGGCAGCGGCAGCGGCCCCUUCCUGCCCGGCUGUGCUCGGCUGCGGGGCGAGGAGGCGGCCGCGCUGCCCGAGCUGCUCUUCCCCUUCACGUGCCGCAUGUGCGGGCUGGUGCUGGACGACGGCUUCGCGCAGGACGAGGGCCUGGCUGAGCAGGUCUGCGGGCGCUGCAGCCUGGCGGUGCUGGGCACUGAGCCGGGCGCCAGCCCCCGCAAGGGCAGCGGGGACAAAGGCUUCGCCUGCAGCCUCUGCCCCUUCGUCACCCACUACCCCAACCACUUGGCACGGCACAUGAAGACGCACAGCGGGGAGAAGCCCUUCGUCUGCCCGCUCUGCCCCUACGCCUCUGCCCACCUUGACAACCUGAAGCGGCACCAGCGAGUGCACACAGGCGAGAAGCCCUACAAGUGCCAGCUCUGCGACUACGCCUGCGGCAACCUGGCCAACCUCAAGCGUCACGGGCGCAUCCACUCGGGUGACAAGCCCUUCCAGUGCAGCCUCUGCAGCUACAGCUGCAACCAGAGCAUGAACCUGAAGCGGCACAUGCUGCGGCACACGGGUGAGAAGCCCUUCAAGUGCCGGGACUGCUCCUACACCACCGGCCACUGGGACAACUACAAGCGCCACCAGAAGAUCCACGGCCACACGUCUGAGAGCUGGGUAAACCCUCACACUGCCAAAGGCCUGCUGGCCCCUCCGGCCGUGGGCACGGCCCUGCCUUGAGACAGCACUUAGCUCGGCUGCAGGGCUGCCCAACCCCGUGUCGGGCACAGGGUGCCUCAGCCCUGGGGUGCCCCAGCCGCAGCCCCUGCCCUCCCUGGGGGAGGGACAGGCAUCAGACUCCAUGGGGGGGCUCAGUGCUGCCUUACGCAGGGUCCGCCAGGAUCUCCAGCAGCCCUGUCCAGCCCAGGCAGGGUGAAGCCACGACCGGCAGCUUGGGUGCCAGGCUCGGGUCUCUGCCCCAGCAGCAGUGGUGCUGUGUCCCCAGGCACCCCCCGGGGUGGUCCCUGCCUGUUCCUGCCUGCCGGAGCCUUCCUCUGCCGGAGUUUGGGGAAAAGGGGGGAGGGGGGAAUGGGACUGGUUCCCUGGCUGUUGCCAUGCCAGUCAGUGUAAUUUAUAUUGUGUAUAAAAGCAUUAAACGGUCAGUUUUGUUAUC